AUGUUCAAGAAUUCGGAGGUCCUAAGGGCCAGAGAGGAACAAGAAGAAAAUAGGAAGAGGUUGAAAGAGGAAGUGAACCUUCGCGGCAAGCAGGGACAGGACACGACCAAGGGCGAACAAGUGUGGUACUCUCGCCGCGUCGACGACGGGUGUCUUUUACAUUGGGCCAUCAUCACGCACGGCCAGAAAUACGAGCUCCGCCUACCGAAUGGCAGUGUCCCGAACCCGAAGGACAAGGUGCCUGUUGGUAUACACGUAGGCAGGUCAGACCUUUUGGGUCGCGACUAG